CUAUAAUCCAUUCCAGGUCUCCCUCAAUGGACUUUUCUACUACACACCUCCGAAUCUACAACACAACUGGGCCUGCCACUCCAUUCCGAUGGAGAAACCAAUGCUCACUUGUCUCAUCUCUACCCAACAGACUUCUCAAUCGUCGUUGCAUCACUCUUAAACCCUAUAAAUCACACCCAUUUGUUACGAUUUCUAGGGUUUAGGGUUUUCAAAAAUGUCAUCUUUAUCAAUUUCGCCCUUUCUCUGCAUAUGGGUUUUGCUUUCUUUGUAUUGGGUUGUUGAUGGAUAUGGAGAAUACAACACCGGGAGUGGCAUUGUUGAUGGAAAAUUGAAUGUUCAUUUGGUUCCCCACUCGCACGAUGAUGUGGGCUGGUUGAAGACAAUUGAUCAGUACUAUGUUGGAUCAAAUAACAGUAUACAGGGUGCUUGUGUUGAGAAUGUGCUGGACUCGGUUGUUGUGUCCUUGCGCCGUGAUCUGAAUAGGAAGUUUGUAUUUGCUGAAAUGGCUUUUUUCCAAAGAUGGUGGGGAAGACAGAAUGUGGAAAUACAAAAAGAAGUUAGAAACCUUGUUCAUGCUGGUCAAUUGGAAUUCGUAAAUGGUGGUUGGUGUAUGCACGAUGAAGGAGCUUGCCAUUAUAUAGAUAUGAUUGAUCAAACAACCCUUGGUCAUCUCAUGAUAAAAAACCAGUUCAAUAUAACCCCUCGUGCUGGUUGGCAGAUUGAUCCAUUCGGGCACUCAGCUGUGCAAGCCUACCUACUCGGGGUUGAGCUUGGCUUCGAUUCUGUGCAUUUUGCGAGGAUUGAUUAUCAGGACAGAGCAAAGCGCAAGGAAGACAAAUCUCUUGAAGUUGUAUGGCGCGGAUCCAAAACUUUUGGUUCUGCCUCUCAGAUCUUUGCUAAUGCAUUUCCUGUUCAUUAUAGUGCUCCAACGGGUUUCAGUUUUGAAAUCCAUGAUGACUCCAUACCUGUCCAGGAUAAUCCUCUUCUUUAUGACUACAAUGUUGAACAACGAGUUAAUGAUUUUAUCAAUGCUGCAAUCACUCAAGCGAAUGUGACAAGAACAAAUCAUAUCAUGUGGACUAUGGGAGAUGAUUUCCAGUAUCAAUAUGCUGAGUCUUGGUUCAAACAAAUGGAUAAGUUAAUUCACUAUGUCAACAAGGAUGGUCGCAUAAAUACAUUUUAUUCUACCCCAUCUAUCUACACAGAUGCAAAAAAUGCAGCAAAUGAAUCCUGGCCACUGAAAACAGAUGAUUAUUUUCCAUAUGCAGACAACACAAAUCGUUAUUUUACUGGAUAUUUUACUAGUCGUCCUGCCUUGAAGCGAUAUGUUCGUAUGCUGAGUGGAUAUUAUUUGGCUGCACGCCAACUUGAAUUCCUUGCUGGAAGGAGAUCUGUGGGUCCUAAUACUUACAGUUUGGGUGAUGCUUUAGGAAUUGUUCAGCACCACGAUGCUCUCACCGGCACUGCUAGACAGCAUACAACAGAUGACUAUGCAAAACGCUUGGCAAUUGGAGCUUCUGAGGCAGAAGCUGUCGUGAGUUCAGCUUUGUCAUGCUUAGUUAAUUCAAGAUCAAAAGACCAAUGUGCCACACCCUCAUUGACAUUGAGCCAGUGUCAAUCACUCAAUAUAAGUUUUUGCCCUCCAACCGAGGAAGAUAUUCCUGAAGGGAGGAGUUUGGUUGUCGUGGCAUAUAAUUCACUUGGAUGGAAUCGUACUGACAUCAUUAGGAUUCCGGUUAAUGACGGGAAUCUUGUUGUCCAGGAUUCCAUGGGUAAUACAAUUGAGGCACAAUAUGUAGAGUUGGAUAAUGUUACUAGCAACUUAAGAAACUUCUACACCAAGGCCUAUCUUGGAAUUUCACCAAAACAAGUUCCCAAAUACUGGAUUUUGUUUCAAGUGUCUCUGCCUCCUUUGGGUUGGAACACAUAUUUUGUUUCUAAAAUAGCUGGAAAAGAUAAAAGCAGAAGUGUGUACAUCUCUGUGGUUGACCUUCCACAGAAUGAGACUGUUGAAAUUGGACCAGGAAACUUGAAGAUAUCCCUUUCUUUAGCAUCUGGACAGAUUAAAAGGAUGUUUAAUUCUAAAACAGGGGUUGAUAUACCAGUACAACAAAGCUAUUUCUGGUAUGAUUCAAGCAGUGGUGAUGUUACAGAUCCACAGAGUUCUGGUGCAUACAUUUUCCGGCCUAAUGGAUCUCAUCCCAAUGUGGUUACAAGAUCAGUGCCCCUGAAGGUUGUGCAUGGACCUUUAGUUGAUGAAGUUCAUCAGCAGUUCAACUCAUGGAUCUAUCAGGUGGUUAGACUUUACAAAGACAAAGAACAUGCCGAAGUUGAAUACACGAUUGGUCCUAUAUCCACGGAAGAUGGUGUAGGAAAAGAGGUCAUUUCACGGAUGACAGCAUAUAUGGUUACAGACAAGGUGUUUUAUACUGAUUCCAAUGGGAGGGACUUUCUAAAACGGGUUCGAGAUUAUAGAGAGGACUGGUCUCUUACAGUUCAUCAACCAGUUUCAGGGAACUAUUAUCCACUCAGUGUUGGAAUUUUUACAAAGGACAAGAAAUCUGAAUUCUCAGUCUUGGUUGAUCGCGCCACUGGUGGAUCCAGCAUUGAAGAUGGAGAACUAGAACUAAUGCUUCAUAGGCGUAUGACCCAUGAUGAUUCUGGAGGACUUGUUGGACCCCUUGAUGAAAUAGUGUGCGCUGAAAGUAGUUGUGAAGGACUUACGGUUCGAGGAAAUUAUUAUAUUAGUAUCAACCAGCUAGGUGCUGGAUCACGAUGGCGCCGAACAACUAGCCAAGAAGUUUACUCACCUAUUCUUUUAGCGUUCACACACGAGACAUUAGAUGAGUGGACAUCUUCUCAUUUGACAAUGGCAACAACCAUGGAUCCAAACUAUAGUUUACCUCUUAAUGUUGCAUUAAUCACUCUUCAGGAGCUAGAUGAUGGAAAGGUGCUCCUCCGCUUGGCACAUCUAUAUGAGGCAGGGGAGGAUGCUGAGUACUCAACAUUAGCCGAAGUUGAACUGAAGAAGAUGUUUGCUGGAAAAGUGAUAAAGGAGGCUGAGGAAAUGAGCUUGUCAGCAAACCAAGGGAAGGCAAAAAUGAAGAAGAUGACUUGGAAAGUUGAAGGGGACAAUGGAGGGGAAGCUGCAAUUGUUAGAGGUGGCCCUGUCAAUAGUUCAACUCUUGUUGUCGAGCUUGGUCCCAUGGAGAUUCGAACUUUUUUGCUAACAUUUUAGGGAUCUCUCCCUUGUUAACUUUUUUACUAGUCUUGAUUCUUCGUACUAGUCUUGAUUGCGAGGAAAGUAUAUUGUCUUGAUGGAUGGCGCAUAUUUUCCAUUUUCGUAUAGAUUUUGAGCAAUGGUGGGGUUCAGGUGGGAUGUGACAACAUGGUGUGCACUGUUGUAAGACUAGUUGCCGAAUGAGGUCCUGGUUAUGAAGAAAAAACAAGAACUGUACAUAUUAAUGAAAGUCAGAUAACCAGGAACAAGAAUCUGUAUUUGUUUAUUAAACCCAGACUUUGGUUUCUUGUCUUGUGACUUGCUAAAGCAAAACUGUUGUUAGUUUCAGAUU